AUGGAUUUUAUGCCAAAAACAAGGAAAUUAUUACAGGAAAAAGGUGUCGAGUUUAGCGGCGGCUUUGUCACGACUCCGAUUUGUUGUCCAAGCCGUUCCUCGAUUCUCACCGGGCUCUAUGUUCACAAUCACAAUGUACACACAAAUAACAACAAUUGCUCGGGUGCCAUGUGGAGAAAACACUUUGAGCCACACACUUUCGGUGUUCAUCUUAAAGAAAGCGGUUAUAAAACAGCGUAUUUUGGCAAAUAUCUGAACGAGUACAAUGGUCAAUAUGUGCCUCCCGGUUGGUCACAUUGGAUGGGUCUUCUUCGAAAUAGUCGCUUCUACAAUUACACACUAAAUGUCAAUGGAAAGAAGCAAAAAUUUGGGGCAAAAUACGAAACGGAUUAUCUAUCGGAUGUGAUUACAAAUGCUUCUCUCGAUUGGAUCUCCACCCAUCUCUUCUACACUCCAGAGCAACCAUUUCUCGUCGUUUUAUCCUAUCCGGCUCCACACGGUCCAGAAGAUCCAGCUCCACAAUACAGCAAUCUCUUUCCAGAAAUCUUUACUCAUCGAACCGAGUCCUGGAAUUAUGCUCCAAACCCCGACAAACAGUGGAUUCUACAACACACAGGGAAAAUGGAACCGGUUCACGUUGCUUUCACCGAUAUUCUCCAUCGCCGACGAAUUCAAACACUUCAAAGUGUUGAUGACUCUGUGCACAAGAUCCUAACCACUCUGCGCGAUGAGAAUCAAUUGGCGAAUAGUUAUGUGAUUUAUACAUCCGAUCAUGGCUAUCAUUUGGGACAAUUCGGAUUGAUCAAGGGAAAGAAUAUGCCCUACGAAUUCGAUAUUCGAGUGCCUUUCUUGAUGCGAGGACCUGGUUUGCCGAAGAAUUUGACAAUCCGCAAACCAGUCGCCAACAUCGACAUCGCGCCCACAAUUCUGCAUAUGGCUGAAUUAGAAAUUCCUGAUUCAAUGGACGGUCGAUCAUUAUUAGAUCUAAUAGCUCUUGAGAAAAAUGAGAAGAAAGCUGAAAUGGUGGCACCCUGGCGUGACACUCUGCUCAUCGAAAGAGGAAAGAUGCCUAAACUGAAACAAGUGCGGGAUCGGUGGAUGCGUCAGAAAGCCAAAUACAGCAAAGAGGCGAGAUUAGCAAAAGAAUGUUUGACUGGGAAAUGGAGUGCUCCGUGCAGUCAGAGUCAACUCUGGAAAUGCUAUAUCGCGGAAGAUGGACGUUGGCGAAUCUAUAAAUGUCAUCAUCGGAAGAGAAAUGGUUGUGAUUGCAAAGUGAGAAAGAAGAGAGAGGAGAAUCAGGAAACACUCAUUGAUCAAUUUUUGUUUGAAAUUUAUGUGGAAGAGAUGAAAAAUUCCUCAAAUUGGCACCAAGGGGUUUUUGAUUUCGAAAAGGAUUCUCAGAAACGAAUGAAACGAGAAAAAAUGUCUAUCUGUGAUUGUGAAGGAAAUUUCACAAGUAUCGAUCAUCCAUUAAAAGAUAUGGAAAAAUUUGAAAACGAGCUCGAGAAUGAUUUAAUUGCGUAUAGAAGAGCAAAGAAACAAUUCAAGAACGGUCCUCAUUCGUGCUCAUUGCCACAAAUGAACUGUUUCACUCACGGUGCUUCCCAUUGGAGAACCCCUCCUUUAUGGCCUGAAGAGUUCGGCGAGUUCUGCUUUUGUCAAAACUCAAACAACAAUACUUACUGGUGUCUUCGCACGUUGAACUCGACUCACAAUUUCCUCUAUUGCGAAUUCGUGACUGAAUUCAUUUCGUAUUAUGAUCUGAAUACCGAUCCAUUCCAAUUAACAAAUGUUGUCUAUUCACUGGACAUGUCCACCCUCGAGAGCUUGAGCUUACAAUUGCGACUUUUACGAAAAUGCCGCGGAAGAAAGGAGUGUGAAAGAGCUUCUAGUUCGCAUUGGACAGAUUUGCUAAUAAAGAUU